GGAGGAACUUCCUGCCCGCGCGCGCUCCUCCAGAGUUAAGCGCAGGCGGGGAGGCGGGAGCCGCGUCAAGGUCAACCUGGACCCGGGUGGCAGCCUGCCGAGGGCGGGAGACCCUCCUGGGGAGCUGGGCUGCGGCCUCCAAGCGCCUCGGCCAUAUUGAACAGCCACAGCCGAGCCGUCUUUGUCUGUGAAGUCCUCUCCCAAGUUCCAGGCACGUCCCGCGCACCCCCAGUUGGAGCCAGGACACCACGUUUGCAGCUGGCGGUGGGCUUGGAACCUCAAGGCCGACUUCCCUCCGGAUCACGUAAGCAUCCUGGGAAUUGAUUCCCACCAGUCCUUGAGGGGAGCCGGACUUGAUCCAGACCAGACUUGUUGCAGGCAGAGAAAUUGGGAGGUGAGACUCUCCUGGCCGCGCUGCUGGGACCCCAUCCCUAAACCCCCAGACUCAGGGCUACAAGGAAUUUGGGCUCAUUGCCCUCACCCCGGAUUUCACCCUGGAGAUCUUAAAGACCCUCGAGAAAAGCCAUGUGGGGGGCUGGUUCCCCUGGGGUUUCCUCCCUUCCCCCGACUGCCUGAUCCUCUGGAGUGUCCCGGAUGUCUGCAAAGAUGUGGAUUUGGACGUCCUCGUGGAAGCCUUGAAGCCCGUGGGGACCUUUAAGAAGAUCGGCAAGGUGUUCCGCAGGGAGGAAGACUCUACGGUGGGAAUGCUGCAGAUCGGGGAGGACGUGGACUAUCUGCUCAUCCCUCGCGAGGUCAGGCUGGCCGGAGGCGUCUGGAGGGUCAUCUCCAAGCCUGCCACCAAGGAAGCGGAAUUUCGGGAGCGGCUGACUCAGUUUCUGGAGGAAGAAGGCCGCACGCUGGAAGAUGUGGCCCGCAUCAUUGAGAAGAACACCCCACACCCACCCCAGCCCCUCAAAAAACCCAAGGAGCCCCAAGGGAGGAGGAGAGUCCAGCAGAUGGUGACCCCGCCUCCCCGGCUGGUCGUGGGCACUUAUGACAGCAGCAAUGCCAGCGACAGCGAGUUCAGUGACUUUGAGACCUCCAAAGACAAGGGUGACAAGGGCCACAAAGGCGCGGGGCGGAGCAGGAAGGUGCGCAGAAUGCCUGUCAGUUACCUGGGCAGCAAAUUCCUCGGGAGCGACCUGGAGAGCGAGGAUGACGAGGAGCUGGUGGAGGCCUUCCUCCGGCGGGGGGAAAAGAAGCCCAGCGCGCCGCCCGCCCGCCGCCGGGUGAACCUGCCCGUGCCCAUGUUUGAGGACAACCCGGGGCCCCAGCUGUCCAAAGCCGACAGGUGGCGGGAGUAUGUCAGCCAGGUGUCCUGGGGGAAGCUGAAGCGGAGGGUGAAGGGCGUGGGCACCAGGUCCAGCUCAGGGGUGGGCGAGGCCCAGCAGGCCUCACUCAGGGUGGAAGAGGGAGGGGCCUCGGUGCCAGGAAAGUCCACUUUCUGCAGCCUGGAAUACAAAAAGACGGGCAGAACUUCGGAGCUUCGAGGCAGUGGGCCAGUGCCCCCACGCACCAUUAGGGCUCAAGAAGGGCCAUCGGACGAAUGA